CUAUUUUGGGGGGCGGUUUCUUGAGGUGGAGCGGGUGGGGGGCGCGGCGAUCGGCGCGGACGUGUGCGGGGUGAGGGCCCAGCUUGCCUCCCGCCGGCUGGGCUGGGGCACACGGAGGCAGAGGCGCGGUCUGCGGUGUGCGAUGGCGGCGGCCGCCCCGAGGCCCCAGGUUCCGGGCUUUGUGACCUUUGAGGACGUGGCCAUUUGCUUCUCCCAGGAAGAAUGGGGGCUCCUGGGUGAAGCCGAGAAACUCCUGUAUCUUGAUGUAAUGCUGGAGACCUUUGUACUUACAACUUCAGUGGUUUGGCAUGAAGUGAAGAAUGAAGAGACAUCUUCUGCACAGUUGGAUUCUAUGGAAGAGCUGUCAGUGGUCUGGACUCCAAAGGCAGCACCAUCCACACCAAAGACUUGCCUCUGUGACAUCUUUGUCCCAGUUCUGAAAGACAUUUUGCAUCUGGAUGACCUACCUGGACAUAAGCCAUACUUUAUGGGGACCUGUGCACACCUUUGCCAGGACCAGAGGCAGCAAACUGGUGAGAAUCCAGUAAGAAGGGUUGUGGACAACUGCUUGAAGACCAGCAUAGGACCCUUCCUCUGCAGACAGUUUGGGAAGGACUUCUCAGCCAGGUGGGGUCUUCUUGAGCCCCAGGUCAUUUCCAGAAUCACCAAGUGUGGGGAGGCCUUCCACCAUGGAGAAGGUCACUGUCAGUCAGAUGAUCACCGAAGAACUUCCAGCCUCAAAGACUGCAGCUCUGAAUCUAGCAAAUGUGGAGAAGCUUUCCAAGGUAGUGACUCCCUUGAUCCACCCCAGAGGUCCCACAUAGGAGAACGGCUUUAUCAGUGCAGCGAGUGUGCAAAGUCCUUUGUCCAACAAGCUUCUCUCAUUACCCACCAGAGGCUUCACUCUGGGGAAAAACGGUACAAGUGUGGGGAAUGUGGGAAGUCCUUUCAUCAAAGCUCCAACCUCAUCGAACACUGCCGAACUCACAGGGAAGAGAAGCCCUAUGAAUGUGGGGAGUGUGGGAAAGCCUUUGGGUGCAAGUCCAAUCUUCUCCGACACCAGAGAACCCACACGGGAGAAUGGCCCUAUGAGUGUGGUGACUGUGGGAAAUUGUUUAGGCAGAUCUUCAGCCUUGUUAAACACAAGAAAAUCCACACGACAGCAAGGCCUUAUGAUUGUGGCCAGUGUGAGAAAUCGUUCAGUCAAAAAGCUACUCUCAUUAUACAUCAAAGAGUUCACACAGGAGAAAGGCCUUACACGUGUGAAGAAUGUGGGAAGUCUUUUAGCCAGAGCUCCAACCUCAUUCAACAUUGCAGAAUUCACACUGGAGAAAGGCCUUAUGAGUGUGGGGAGUGCGGUAAAUCCUUCAGCCAGAGAGCAACCCUCAUGAGACACCAGAGAACGCACACUGGAGAAAGGCCUUAUGAAUGUAGGGAAUGUGGGAAAUUCUUUAAGCAGUACUUCUACUUUAUUGAACACUGUAGGAGUCACACUACAACAAAGAUUUAUGAGUGUGGCCAGUGUGGGAAAUCCUUUAGCCAAAGAGCCACACUCAUUAGACACCAGAGAGUUCACACAGGGGAAAGCUCUUACGAAUGUGGGGAGUGUGGGAAAGCCUUUGAGUACAAAUCCAAACUUGAUCGACACCAGAGAACUCACAGUGGAGAAAGGCCUUAUGAGUGUGUGCAAUGCGGGAAGUUCUUCAGGCAAAGCUACAGCCUCCUUGAACACCAGAGAAUUCACACUAGAGUCAGGCCAUAUGAGUGUGACCAGUGUGGGAAAUCUUUUAGCCGAAGGGCGGACUUCAUUAAACACCAGACAGUUCAUACAGGAGAGAGGCCUUACAAGUGUGGUGAAUGUGGGAAGGCCUUUAAUCGAAGCACCAGCCUCACUCAGCACUGCAGAAUUCACACAGGAGAAAGGCCCUAUGAGUGUGAGCAGUGUGGGAAAUCUUUUAGGCAGAAGUCUGACCUCCUUCAACAUCAGGUAGUGCACACUGGAGAAAGGCCUUAUGCAUGCAGCAAAUGUGGGAAAUCUUUUAGCCAACGCUCUAGCUUCUUUCAACACCAAAAGAGUCACACGGUGGAGAGACCUGGGAAAUGCCUCAGCCUGAGGUCUAACAUUACUUAGCCUCUGAAAGCCCACAUUAGAGAAAGGCUUUAGACCUACCAGGAAUGGCCUGUCCCCUCCAUUCACUGGAACAGGCUAGGGAACCUUUGUGAGGGCUUCUCUGCCCCUGGAUGAGCCUCCCACCUUAGCAACCAGCGUUCCAAGAGUUACAGGCAUGAGGAAGGCAUAGGGGCACUGCCCUGCAGUUUAGACUAAUGCCCUUCUAGAGUUAUAGCAGUUCAGCACAGCUGUCAUGGAAACUCUCUGCCUUCCCUCUAACAAAGUGCUCUGUGUGCCCACGCACACAGCAUACUGCGUCCGCCCCUGCCCUGUGCCUUAUGAGUGACUCUGUUCCCUGUCCGAUGGCUUUGGAGCACUGGGUCUGGAUCUAGCUGGAGGCUUGUGGGUGACAUUCUCACCUUUCUUCACAUUCAUGGUCAUGCAACCCUGUGUCACACAAACCACUAGCUUCAUGUCUUGCAUGCUGUGGUUUAUGCACGCACAGUGUCACCUGCUUUGAUCAGGGUGUUGAUGCACAGCCCCAGUUGGGUAGAAUGCCAGUUCUGUGCCUGUCUGUAUGUGUGGAAACCCGUAAUUGCAGAGCCUUAAAGUCUGCCUUAGAGACUUGAAAGGCCAUUCUCUGUCCCUUGGAAGGCUGAGGGCAGCCCUGACAAGACCUAUUGUGCUUAGCAUUACAAUGGCCACAGUUCCCACCCUCAUUAUAGUCCCAUCUUCACUUGACCUUGGAGCUUACAGGUGGCCGGUUCAAAUUGGCUAUUUACUGCUCAUCUUCACAUCCUGCUUUCUGGAAGUCACUAAUCCUAGGAUUGUUCUCCCCACUGUGGUGCCCUAAUCUCAAAGAUGGCUACCUAUACUUUCCUGUUUGAUAAAGAAUAAAAGCCCUGUUCAUGGGACCCUCUGGAUCUGCUGCUGGAGUGAAAGCAGUUCCCUUGGUACCCCCAAACCAGUUCCACAGUCGGGUCUCCAUCAUUGCUUUGCUCCUGGCUGCAGCAGACUAGGCGCUUGCAAUGGUUUGCAACAGUGUGGAAGGGUGAAUAAUUUCAUGAGUUCCCUAAUUUAUGGACCUCAUCACCACCUGUCAUAGCAAGAAACUGGUUUUCAUUUGAAGUUGCCUAAUUUGCAUUGCUGCCCCAAUAUCUCCAGUGGAAUAAAACAUCAUUGCAACUCUAGGUUUGGAC